AUGCCGAAAAUCCUAAGCUAUACCCCAGAGUGGCUCAGCCGCCCGAGCCCAGGCUAUCAUCUGUUUGCGCCGAAGCAGACAGACGGCAAUGGAGUUGUAGCGAGAAGACCGGAACCAGGCCAGCGAAGGACGAUUGCCACGCGAGGCUCAGAGAUUUUUGUCGCGGUUGGAAACGAGAUCCGGUGGGCAGAUUUGGUCAAUUUGAAAGAAGAGACGCAGCCCGCAUACCGAACCCUUCGAGUCUCGAUUCCACUUCCCAUUACGCGUCUUGCCAUCUCGCCCGACGAAGACUACCUCGCCAUAUCCACAUCGCACACGGUACAUGUGGUACAUCUCCCCGACCCGUCGUUGCUCGAAAGCGGUGAAGAGGGCCCGUUGAAGCCAAAGACCUUUCAGCUGGGACCGACGGUACAUGUUGUCGAAGAGUCGCCGGUCGCAACAGUGCUCUGGCAUCCCCUGGGGUACCACGGACGCUGUCUGGUUACAAUUACCAAGGGGGGCGUGGUGCGGCUUUGGGAGAUCAAUCGCGCCGACAGGACGACCUUCAGCGAGCCUGCGCUAUCGAUCGACCUGCCCAAGCUGGCGAAUGCGACGAGCGAUCAAGAUGAUUUGAGCGCAUCCAAGUUUGGCGCCUCCAAGGGCUUUUCUCCCGACUCGGUCGAGCUCGAGGUUGCAUCCGCAUGCUUUGGCGACUUUCCGGAACAAGAGGGGGUCCACGGGUGGGCACCAAUGACGCUCUGGAUCGCAACAGUGUCUGGUGACGUGUAUGCGCUCUGCCCGUUGCUGCCGAGCAAAUGGCAGCUGGUCGAGUCGCCGGGCAGCCACACAUUUCUGGAGACGCUCACGUCGUCCAUCAACAUCAACUACACGGAGACGUCUGAAGACGAGCACGUGUCCAAGGAUGAACUCAAAACAGCAGAGAGGCAAGUCUCGUGGCUGUCGGACAUUUUGUACGAGGAGCCUUUUAUUGAAGAGCGACAGAGAGGAGACAUUGUCAAGGUGUUUGUCCGUCCAACAAGCGCGCCAGCCGUGCCCCUUUUGCAGGGACCGUUUGCCAUGGCGCCCGAGGUGGAGGAUUUCGAACUCAGCGAUAUGAUUGUAUUUUCGCUCAAGACGCUAUCCGAAAGCGAGGACGAAGAGACGGCAGCCGAAGGACUGCCAACAGCGGUUGUGUGCUUGCUCACAGAUACCAGCAAGGUGCACGUGUGCUUGGAUCUCGAGGGGAUUGUUGGGCGGUGGCUACCAUCACCUGAAGACGAGAUUAAAGUCACACAACCAUCGGGACACCAAUUGAUCAUCGCAGAAACAAUCACCUUGGUCCAGGACGAAGUGUCGUCCUUCAACCAGAGCAUCACAGCAGAUGUGCAUACCGACUUUUCAUUCUUUGUGUCGCAUGCCAGCGGCGUCUUCUACAUUUCUAUGGAGCCUUGGAUCCGCAAAGUCGAGGUCGAGUUGUCUCAAUCGCAAACACAGGGCUCGGCGUUCCGUCUGAAGCGAGUGCUCGAAUCGGCGAGCACUGUGGUGGAUCAGUGCCUACAACGCCGGGUUACUGGCAAUGUGGCCGAGCAAGCAGUCACGGCAGCAGCUGUUAUCGAGGACGGAAACGUGGGUUACCUUCUUCUUACUACGGUCAACGGCGAGCCCCACGCAGCGCUUCUUGAUGCGCCUGAAGAUGGGCUGCCUACUCAAGAAGAGCUGGCCGAGUACAUGGCCAUUGCUGGACCCCACAAGGAAGUGCGAGAAGCGUGGCAGCCGCCAAAGGAACUUUACGAACCGUUUGAUUUGUUUCGAUCUAUCCACAUUCCCGCACGACACCGCGGGACACUUCAUGACGAAAUCAGGCUGUCUCCAGCCAACCUUUCGCUGCUCAUGGAUGUGCACCGCGCACUUUCAGCGCAGACGUCCAAACUGCAGCACGCCGUAUCCGACUUGUUCAACCGCGCCACUCGACUCCAAGCAGAAUUCAGGGACCAGGUGUUUAGGACGUCUGAGAUUGCAUCCAACAUUGAAGACGUCACGUACAAUAGGCAAGCCAGCUCGGAUGACGGAUCGAGCUAUGGCAGCCUCAAGAUCGAUGACCGCAUGGAGAGAGUCAAGGCGCGACAGGAGCAGAUAAAGGCGCGGUACGAGGCGCUCCGACGCAAGAUGGCCAGCGUUGGGUCUAGUCAGCUGAGCGAAAAGGAAAGCAACUACAUUGAAGAACUGCAGGUCAUGGAGAGCGCGGUGGAUCCUCGGAGCAAGACGCUGAGCGGCGAUGUUGACGGCAGCGAGCGCCCUGCAUGGCAGCGUCUCAACCGGCUCAAGGAAGUGCAUCGAGAGCAAGCGAAGCAGAUUGAAGAGGCGACGAAAUCGGCUAAGCGGGCAGGAGAGAACGAGGCGGCGAGGAGCAACGGGGUCAAGAUACCGAGCUACUCGAGAAAGGCGGAGAACGAGCAGGUGCAGGAGCUGAUCCAGCGGAACAACAUGCUGGUGGAGGCAGCCACGGACAGGCUCCGGCGGUUGGGUGUAAACGUGCCCGUGGAGGCGGGGCUAGGUGCAUGAAGGCGUAGUUGUAAGCUUGACAGAAUCGUUGGGUAGAUGGUUUGCGGUGUUUUUAGAAAUAUUACUGGAUCGUAGCAAAUGGGUAUGGGAGGCAGAGCAGAUUAUGCGCGGGGG